CUACUAGGAUUAAUAAGUCACCUGCAUUAACUCUAUUUAUUGCUGUGUUGUAUCACAGGGGCAUCACAGUGGCAGCGCUGAUCAGAAACUGUUUGCAUAUUCUGAAAUACAGAAGGCACUCUGAAACAGCAGGCUCACUGUGGAAAGUCUGCAGCUGUAUAAGGAGUGCUGGGAAGAGAUGCUGUCUUCUGUGACAAAUGAAAAAGGAAGAUACGAAACUGCAGAGACUGGAGAAGGAAAAUACAGUGUGAUAAAGCAUUAUUCGACCUAACGCAUUUCCUAAUGAAAAGGGCAAUGAAGCUCACCAGAAGCCAAUAGGAAGGUCAUGAGCCAAUUCAGAUGCGCUGCUGUUCCCGUAGAGACUCUGUUGCUUCCCCUCAGACCUAUGUGACUCUGGUGGAAGGAUCAUGACCGAAGUCCUCUUCUCUGCUGCUUUGAAUGGAACUGAACCCAACCUAUUAUCCAGCAGCGGCUGGUCUGCGGGAAACGCCACCACCAAGUGUUCCCUGACCAAAACCGGCUUCCAGUUCUAUUACCUGCCCACCGUCUACAUUCUGGUCUUCAUCACUGGGUUUUUGGGCAACAGCGUGGCCAUCUGGAUGUUUGUCUUCCACAUGAGGCCUUGGAGCGGCAUCUCGGUUUACAUGUUCAACUUGGCCCUGGCCGAUUUCUUGUAUGUCUUGACUCUGCCCGCCCUCAUCUUUUACUACUUCAAUAAAACAGACUGGAUCUUCGGCGAUAUCAUGUGCAAGCUGCAGAGGUUCAUCUUCCACGUGAACCUGUACGGCAGCAUUUUGUUUCUAACGUGCAUAAGUGUGCACAGGUACACGGGAGUGGUGCACCCCUUGAAGUCGCUGGGGAGGCUGAAGAAGAAGAACGCGGUGUACGUCAGCACCCUGGUCUGGGUCAUUGUGGUGGCCGUGAUUUCUCCCAUACUCUUCUACUCGGGAACGGGGAUAAGGAGAAAUAAAACCACGACGUGCUACGACACGACAGCUGAUGAUUACCUGAGAAGUUACUUCAUUUACAGCAUGUGCACCACCGUGCUGAUGUUCUGCAUCCCAUUCAUACUGAUUCUUGGUUGCUAUGGGCUCAUCGUGAAAGCUUUGAUUUACAAAGAUUUGGACAAUUCUCCUCUCAGGAGAAAGUCGAUUUACCUGGUUAUUAUUGUGUUGACGGUCUUUGCUGUGUCUUACCUUCCCUUCCACGUGAUGAAGACCUUAAAUCUAAGAGCCAGAGUGGAUUUUCAGACUCCACAAAUGUGUGCCUUCAACGAUAAGGUUUAUGCCACUUACCAAGUGACGAGGGGUCUGGCCAGCCUCAACAGCUGCGUCGACCCCAUUCUUUAUUUCCUGGCAGGCGAUACCUUUCGAAGGCGGCUUUCCAGGGCGACCAGGAAAUCGUCCAGAAGAAGUGAACACAACGUGCAGUCCAAAAGCGAGGAAAUGACUCUCAAUAUUUUAUCAGACUACAAACAGAACGGAGAUACCAGUUUGUGAACAAAUGCGAAAGAUUUCGGAACAGUUUGAAAAAAUCCUCCGCUUUGAGACAGUAGGAUACUGUAGUGCUACAAGUGCGUGAGGAAAAUCUACCAGUCUCUCAAAUUCGCUUUAGGUAAAGCCUCAUUUUCUGAUCUUAGAAAAAGCCUAACAAAGUCAGUGGAAGAUUUUUAAUGGAAAAUAACGUGUCAAAAUUCAGCUUUCCUUCUCCUUACAAUAUUCUCAUUUCUUUCUGACUUGUGUCAGAUAAAGUAAAAUGAAGUAAAUCCCCUGAAGGAAGAAAGCGAUCCAAGUGCUUCUGUUUUAAUGACUUAGUCUCCCACGUUCAAAAAUGUUCUCAAUCAGCCUCUCUUUAAAAAUAGGAAAUAAAAAUAAGAGCGAGCAGUAUCUUCUCGUCUGAGGCUCAGUCCACAUGCCUAGCCUUUCGCUCACUUGCCGUUGUAAACAAGUAUUUAAAUCAAAGUCACGAUGCAGUUAUCUCACCUUUGCAGUUUUAUUACUUCUUCAUCUACUUCUAGUGUUGAUAAUUAUUUGGUAGUUCGGUAGCAUUUAUGAUUCAGUCUUCUUUGAGUGCCGGUGUUUUACAAAAGGUAGGCUUACUGAUGUGUGCAUGAUUAUGCUUUCAGAUUACGAUGGUUGUUCAUGAAAAAUCUGGACCCCCUUUAAAGGCAAUUGGCUUCCAGGUGAACUGACACCUCAGCCCCUGGCAGACAGAUAAGCAGGUCGCUCUAGGAGCUGGUGCAAGCAGGCGCCUGCUUUGCACGUGCACGUAGCGGUGCGUUUCGUGAACAGAUGUCGGCGGGCGAACGCGUGCGGAGGCGAUUUGGUUCUGAGCGGCCGGCGGUCCGAUCCUGCCUUCCGUGCUGAGGAGGACCGGCGCGUCGCCAGCCGGAGGAGCGGCGGGACAGGGCUGAGCACGGACUGGGCUCGCCUGGGGAGUGCCUGCGCCAGCUCUGCGGAGCUGGGGGCGAGACGCCCGUCCCAAAGGCUGACCCGCAUCGC